AUGCGCUAUUUAGCCACAGGUUCGUCAAUCAUGUUAAAUUUGGAAGAAUCCAGUGGCUCUAUUGUAGACGUCAAAGGUAUAAAAAUUGGUCAUUAUACAGAUCCAAGACGUCCAACUGGUUGUACUGUAAUUCUUUGUGACGAUGACGACGGAUACGUUGCUGGUGUUGAUGUAAGAGGGUCGGCACCAGGCACACGUGAAACUGAUUUAUUAAAUCCCGUUAAUACCGUUGAUAAAGUAAAUGCCAUUGUCCUCAGUGGGGGUAGUGCUUUUGGUUUGGAUACAGCCAGUGGGGUUGUCCGAUAUCUCGAAGAGAAAAAUAUUGGUUAUUCAACAAAUUUUCCUAACAUUAAAAUUCCUAUUGUACCAGCUGAGGGAGUGUUUACAAAGGAUAUUUAG